UAUGACACAUUUCAAGUACCUGGCACAAUUGUGGUCAUUAUGUCUCUCUGUCUGACAUGGAAUAUUACAGUUCUGCUCUCGUCCAACGCCAGUCGGCUGCUGGCUGAUAUGUAACUGAAGUUUGGUAUUUGUUUAGGUUUUAAUAAUUGUCUGCUCAAGCAAAGGAAUGACAAUCCCCUUUCAUAAUGUCGAUGAAAGAGAAGAAAGCUGACAGUGUUGUUGAGUCUGAUGAGGAAAAUGAGAUGGGUGCUUGUGGAAACAGCAAUGAUCCCCAUCGACCUCCUAUGGUUCCUCCAGAGCCAAUUGCAGGCAUCUUUCUGGAUGAAAGUGUGGAUAAUUUAAGCAUGGAAGUGCACCUGGGUGAAGACAACUCCAGACACCCGAGUGAAAUCAGUUCCAUUUCCUAUCAAAACCUCCUGGAGGAUGGUGAACCUUCUAACAGCAUUAUUUCUCGCCGUGGGAGCGACGAUAGCUUAGACUCGUAUCCUCCUGACUUUGGUGAAGCAGAGAUACCUCCGGAGGACAUGGAGACGUUUGAAGCUUGUGAUCUGCCACUGUCGGAGCAUUUCCCCAUGGGUGCUCUACAAAAAGCGGAGAAGCAAAAUAAGUGCCCUGGAAAUGGAAGCAGUCAUCACUCUGAGAGCUCUAACAAUCUUCCUCAUCCGACAGUGAAGUUAAAAGGAUCGUCAGAUGAAUUAGAUGCAGAAGUGAAGCUUCGUGAUAAGACUGUUAAAAAUGAAUCCAUUCCCAGUGGCAGGUCAGAAGAAGAAGUGGCGAAGAAGAGGAGCAGUUUAGAAAUACGGAACAACAUCCCAGUCGUCGGUGAGGUCAAGGACUACGAGAAAGACCUUAGUUUAGAAUUUGCAAAAUCACAAAGCACUAAACCCUUGAUGGUUGGUUUGAAGCAGUCUCCCGGGGUGGCCAGGCGUGUGGACCACGACCCACAGUCUGCAGGAGAUGAUGAGAAAGGAACCGAGUCGUCUUUAGGCCAGGCUCAGUCCGUUAAUCAAGUGAGACCCCGGAACUCAUCAGAAAAGACGAAAGAGAACGCGAUUGAAGUCAUAACGCCCGUUCCCAAAAAUCUCAAUAUUGAGAACGAGUACGACUAUGUGAAGUACGCUCGUGUUCAGCAAGGAAAUUCCUAUGUUGGGAUGAGACUGGCCUAUUCCAGCUCCAACGACUCUCUCAAUUUAAAACAGGGGGGUGGCUCCGUGGACAGCUCAAGAGAGCCUUCGCCUGAAAAAAUCCUCCAGAAAAAAAUGCUCUCGGAAUUGGGCGAGCAAGAAAAAGUGAGUGAAGAAACCUUGACGGAAAUCCCUUUAAAUAACAGCGAGUAUUCAGAGGACAAAAAGGCCUUUACGCUGUCCCCGGAGAACACAGAGUGUGACAGUGUGGAGGUUGAGAGUGUCACCUCGGAGGGCGAGAACUCCACGCCUGGCUUCCCCACGGUGGAAGACGGCCUGUCCAGCAGUCAGGCCAGCGACGCUGACGAGGGCGCCUCGGGGAACAACCGCUCACCCUCCAAAAUGCUCCAGCUGAAGCAGAAGGCAGCUCUGGAUCAGGAUUUGCUCAAGGACGAUGAUGAGGAGGAUGUUCAUCCCAAAGAGAUGGACGCCCAAGCCAUAAUGGAUGAUUUGAAGAUGAAACGUGAAGCCCUGGACAUGGCUAUAGCUGACAUCAAGUCUGCCAUUCAGAGAAGCAAGAGCAUGUCGCUGGAGUCUCCCUACAGCUCCCAGCAGGAGACGGAUGAAUCUCAGCCGGUCUGGGUCAAAAGAGAUGCUGCUGUUCAGCUUCAGCGAAGACAGGAAGAAAUGAGGAGGGUGAGAGAAGAAAUAGAGCGUCAGCAGGAAGAGUUGAACCCUUCACAAAACAAAAUACCUCAAGAGAAAGAGGAAGGUCUGGACCGUGAGGAGGUGGGUCGUGGUGUGUCCCCAGGAGGCCAGAAUGAAGUGCCUGGGACUGAUGACGGUUUACAGACUGUAGAUAACAGAAAAAAUGACAAGGAAAAUAAGGACGGAGAUGUUUGUGAGAACACCAGCAAGGAUGAAUCUGGAGGUGACGAUGGAUGUCAAGAAACGGGGGUAAAUUUUUCAGCAAGAGAAGAUUAUUCUCUGUCGAGCGGUUCUCCUGAGAAGGAAAACAGGAGGGAAAGUGGCAGUAGUCCUGAGCUCGAUCCAGGCUUGGAGGCAACUCAAAAACGGGCAGCUGGUGGAAGUGAGGAGCCAGAGAACAGGGAAGAUGUCUGUAAUGUGUGGGCACCAGAACGGGAAAUUCUUUCUUCUGAAAGGGCUGCUGCAAGUUCAGACGCAAAAAUCUUGAAGGAAGAACGUACAGGUCCCCACGCUUACGUCAAGACAUCAGGAGAUACCGACGAGAGUUUGGUUGAACAGGUGUCUGGACCUGAUUCUAAGCAAGCUGUCGAUGUUGCAAUAGCGGCGGUGUCCUCAGAGAUUGUUCUGAACUUAGGGGGAUCCCCUUUCAAGUCGACUGAGAUACAGAGUUGUGACGCCGCUGAGGAUAAGGAUGUGGCAGCUGGCGCCGUGGAGGACACGGAGGUCGAUGUCAGGGAGUUUGAUGAGCUGCUGUCCUCACCGACGAGGGCUGGCUUUGUUGGAGAGACCCUGUCGGCGAAUGAACCCCCACCGGCUGACACGAACCUGACAGAAGCGAACCUGACACCAGGCGGGAAUGAGAGCAGCAUGCUGCAGGAUGAAGUCGUAAACUCAGUACCGCUUGCUCCGUCAGAAAUUCCCGAAGAAGAAGGUGAAGGUCGUUCAGUCGGAGAUGACUGUGGCCACGGUGGGCCGGUGCGUGAGGAGAGUCAAAGUGAGAGUGACGGAGCGGAGGAGUACCAGGACGCCCUGGACCAGGAGGAAGAGAGCCAAUCUGGCAGGUUUCAUGACACGGAGGAUGACGGCGACCCGAAUGAACUUGUCGGCAAGGCGAGACGCGACGGAUUUCCGCGAG